AUGAAGGAAAUCGAUAUAAAUAUUGAAGGCUACAAUGUGAACGGGAUAUGUGUUGGUUGUUUAAAUUACAAUCGAAAGAUGUUCUAUCAGGAAGACAUAAAGAAAUGUUUCAACAAAUUGGCCGAUAUUGAUAUCCCAGAUGGUCUUUCGGUGCAGGUGUGCUGGGAAUGUCUUGCGAAUGUCCAGAGAGUGUGCCAGUUCUCGAAGCAGAUUCUGAAAUCUUACGAUAUACUAAUAAAUUAUUCCAGACAGCACACAUUUCUCAACUCACCAUCAGACUUCACAAAUCAUUCGACAAGUCGACUCAACAUAUCCGAGACUGUUACAUAUGAAAUGCUCAAUUCAUCAUCCAAAUUAUCAGAUGAGAAUGAACAAAAUGAUGACAAGCUGGAAUUAAAAACAGAGUUGAUCAGUGAUCAGUAUGAUGCAGAUUUAGAGUCUCUUAAAAUUGAAGAUGAUAAUUACCAGCAUAUUGAUAAUGAUGUCCAGUUUGAUGACCAUGUACAUGAUCAGUCUUCAGAAGACGACAUGCAACUGUCAAAGCUUAAACAAAAGAAGGAGAAGAGUAAAAAGGUCAAAAAACACAAGAAGGAUACUGAGGAGAAGUUAAAAACGGCGGAUAAAACUGUCAAAGACCCUCAGAAGAAAUUGAAGAAUCUACCGCCUGAUCUAGUCCAGGUAUAUAUGAUGAAUGACGAGGAAAUGUGGACCGUAAGAUCAGAGGACCAAGACAAUAAAUACUUCGGCAAGCUCCGUAUGAAAUGUUUGAUGUGCCUGAUAACUUUUAAUUCGGAGAAGCAUGAAGCGGAGCAUAUGGCUGGGAAACAUAGACCGAAAGGCGACGAUUGUCUACAAUGUGAUGUAUGCAAAGCAUAUUUUUUGACUAAGGAUCAUCUGUCAGCUCAUAGGAGUCUGCAUUUGGUAGCUUAUAGGUGUAAAGAAUGUGGUCUGAGAACUUCAGUGAAGGCUAUUAUAAGGAAACAUAUAAAGACACAUCAAGGUGAUAUCAAUGAGUUCCACUGUAAGACCUGUGACAAGAUUUUCAGUUCUAGAUCUAAACUAUCAUAUCACCGCAGUAAACAUCAUAAAGAAAAAUUGCAGUGCGAUUGCUGCGGCAAAGUUUUUGCAAGCAAAAUGACACUCAAAUAUCAUAUAAAAGUUCUAGGAUCAAAUAAAGAUGAAAAACCUAAGGAGAAAUUAAAUAUACCUUGCAAGGGAUGCAACAAAGUAUUUCCUUCCAAGAAAAGUUACAGGGCGCACGUUGUGAUUCACAAUGGUAUAACGUAUCCGUGCCCUAUAUGCGGAAAAGCGUUCCAGUGGAAGAGGAAUCUGGCUCGCCACACUAGGAACCAUAGAGAAAGGGAUGCUGGGGCAUUACACGAGUGUAGAGAAUGCGGGAAAACGUUCUCCAGCAGGGACUGUUAUAAUAAUCACAUGAAGCUGAGUAAGCGGCACGUGCCCGAGGAUGCGUACGUCCACGAAUGUAAUUAUUGUGGCAAGAAAUUCGCCACAAAAUGGUGCAUGGUAGAUCACAUAGACUGGGACCAUUUGAAAGUCAUCAAAUACCAAUGCAGCGUUUGUUUCAAGGCGUUUAAAACGGCUAAGAUAAUGGUAGCGCACAUGAAUAAUAUACACGAAGGGAAAAAGAAUAAGGAGCCCGACGGAGAACAUUUGUGCGAGAUUUGCGGGAAAUCUUACAAGACCGUUAAGCGUUUAAAGGGACACGUAUGGGCGAUGCACACUAAUAGAUCGUCCAGUAAGAACUUCAAGUGUAAAUUGUGUCCAGCCACAUUCGCCUGGCAGACUUCUAUAUACAAACAUAUGAAGAUGAUGCAUGAGAACAAGAGGAGUAAGCAAUCCCGCUUGCAGUCAGUGAAGAAACAGGAGUCCUAUACAGAUGUAGAGUCAACGGCACGUAUGCAAUAUUUCCAGCAGAACAACUUGAUCCAGAAUAUAGUAUUAGUACCUCAAGCAACUGUACCACCUCAUGUUGUUUAA